AUGGCGUCCCGCGAAGAGAACGUUUACAUGGCCAAGCUCGCUGAGCAGGCCGAGAGGUACGACGAGAUGGUGCAGGCCAUGAAGAACGUCGCCACCCUCAACGUCGAGCUGACCGUCGAGGAGAGGAACCUCCUGUCGGUGGCCUACAAGAACGUCAUCGGCGCCCGCCGCGCCUCGUGGCGCAUCGUCUCCUCCAUCGAGCAGAAGGAGGAGAGCAAGGGCAACGAGACCCAGGUCAAGCGGAUAAGGGACUACCGCACGCUCAUUGAGAACGAGCUCGGCGGUAUCUGCAAGGACAUCCUCUCCGUCCUCGAUGACCACCUCAUCCCCUCGUCCUCCAACGGCGAGUCCAAGGUCUUCUACUACAAGAUGAAGGGAGACUACCACAGGUACCUCGCCGAGUUCGCCCAGGGCGACCACCGCAAGGGAGCCGCCGACCUGUCGCUCGGUGCCUACAAGGCCGCCACCGACAUCGCCGUGACCGAGCUUCCCCCGACCCACCCCAUCCGACUGGGCCUGGCGCUCAACUUCUCGGUGUUCAACUACGAGAUCCUCAACGCCCCCGACAAGGCCUGCCAGCUGGCCAAGCAGGCGUUCGAUGAUGCCAUCGCCGAGCUCGACACCCUCUCGGAGGACUCCUACAAGGACUCGACCCUCAUCAUGCAGCUCCUCAGGGACAACCUCACCCUCUGGACCUCGGACAUGCAGGGCGACGGUGACGGUGAUGCCGCCGACGAGCCUGAGGACAAGGCCGACGCCAACAAGGAGGAGGAUGCUUAA